AUGUCGACGGCUCACCAAGGAGAACUCAAGCCAACUGAGAGCAUCAUCAGCCAUGUUCAGAAGCCCCACGAUGUCGAAGCUGCCCGCGAGCACGAUGAGCGCCGGAAGACUAUUGAGAAAAGUCUUGUCAGGAAGCUCGACUUGAGGUGUUCCCUGUUCAUCCUGCUGUACAUCAUGAACUACCUCGACCGAAACAAUAUCUCUGCUGCUCGUCUAAGGGGUCUUCAGGCGGACUUGAAUCUUACCGACACCGAAUACUCCACAUGCCUGUCUAUCCUCUAUGUCGGCUACAUUCUCAUGCAAAUCCCGAGCAACAUGAUUAUCAACAAGAUCUCCCGACCGAGCUGGUACAUUGGUUCUGCCAUGCUUCUCUGGGGGAUGAUCUCGACAUGCUCCGGAGUCACCAAAUCCUUCGGUAGUCUUGUCGCUACUCGAUUCAUGCUCGGCUUUGUCGAGGCCGCCUUCCUUCCCGGUGCUCUCCUCAUCCUCUCCAAAUGGUACACUCGCCGAGAGCUCACUCUUCGAAACGCCAUCCUCUUCGGCGGUAACCUCAUCUCCAACGCUUUCGCCUCUCUGGUCGCUGCGGGUGUCCUGAGUAACAUGGAGGGGACUUUGGGGCAUGCGGCUUGGAGGUGGAUGUUUUUCAUCGAAGGCGCCGCCACCAUGUUCUUUGCCCUCCUCUGCCCCCUCAUCCUCCCUGAUCUCCCCACCAACACUCGCGGUUUCACCUCUGAAGAGCUCGAAGUCGCCCAACUCCGUCUUCUCGAGGAUGUGGGAGAGGCCGACCAGGAUUCCGAGUCGGAUGGUGUCUUUACGGGUCUGAUGAUGGCGGUCAAGGACGCCAAGAUCUAUAUCAUGAUGUUGACUUUGACGGCGUACGUCAUUGGAUUGUCUUUCAACGCGUUCUUCCCCACUUUGACUGGGACGCUUGGGUUUGGAUACGUUCCUACCCUCCUCAUGUCUGCGCCUCCUUGGGUCUUUGCUACUCUUGUCUCGUUCGCCGUCUCGUGGCACGCAGACCGAACGCAAGAGAAGUUCUGGCACAUCGUUAUCCCAAUCCUCUUCGGCCUUGUCGGUUUCAUCAUCUCCAUGGCUACACUCAACACUGCUGGAAGAUAUGUGGCCCUCUUCCUCCAAGCUCAGUCUUAUGCUGGCUUCAUCGUCUUCUACUCUUGGAUCUCUUCUUCCUUCCCCCGUCCUCCCGCCAAACGUGCCGUCGCAAUCGCCAUGGUCAACGCCUUUUCCCAGCUCGGUAACAUCGCCGGAUCCUACGUCUGGAAUCUCCAAGAGAACGGCUACCGAAAGUCUUACGGUAUUGUUGUGGCGAUGUUUGGUAUCACCAUCGUCGGAUGCUUUGUCUUCAAGACCAUCUUGGUCAAGCUCAACAAGCAGUUGGAGGCUGGCGAUGCGGCUUGGGAGGCUAGGGAGGAUGUUGUGGACAAGGGACAGAAGCUGGAGCACUUUGAGCAGAAGGACGAGGCGUUGAAGAUGAGGAAGGGAUUCAGAUACCUUGUUUGA